UUGAUGACGACUCUCAAACUGACACAGAAUCAAACAUAUAGACACUUGACCCAGAGCUUCGAUGUCGAAUGCAGAGACCUCGCAUUUACUCUUCUUCUUCAACUCUCCAUCUCAUCACUGAUCAGCAACUGUGCAGCAGUCGCCUCGCCUCCCCUCCUAUUUGAUUGCCCGGCAUUAACUCUCCCCUCCUCUCCUCUCUCCACGCGACCACAAUUCAAUGCCAUGGAGCAGUCCUGCUGGAUCCUUUUUCUCCUGUCUUCUCUUCCAUUUCUUUUUCCGUGUUUGCCUCCUCCUCCCUCCUCUUGUGGUCUGCUUCCUGCCUCCAGACUCAUAAUAUCCCGCUCAUUUAUUGCUCGAAAAUUCACAGCAGCCCAUAAUAUCUAUCAUCCUCCUCUUCUUCUUUGCUGUUUGUAUUUGAAGGGAAGAAGAGAACAGAGCGGGGAAUGGGAAGAACUCCAUGCUGCGACAACCAGGGGCUGAAGAAGGGCCCGUGGACGCCGGAGGAAGACCAGAUUUUGGUCAACUACAUCAAGGCCAACGGCCAUGGCAGCUGGCGAUCUCUUCCUAAGCUCGCAGGCCUGCUUCGGUGCGGGAAGAGCUGCAGGCUGCGGUGGGCGAACUACUUGCGGCCGGACAUCAAGCGCGGCCCCUUCACCGUCGAGGAAGACAAAUCCAUCAUCCAACUCCACGCCAUCCUUGGCAACAAGUGGUCGGCGAUCGCAGCGCAGUUGGCUGGGCGGACGGACAGCGAGGUGAAGAACUACUGGAACACCCACCUCAAGAAACGGCUCCUCUUCAACCGCCACCACCAUCUCCCCGCCGUCGUCGCUGCCGGCGGCGGCAGCCACAUGGCUCAGUGGGAGAGCGCCAGGCUGGAAGCCGAAGCGCGCCUCUCGCGCGAGUCGCUCCUCUUCUCCGCCAGUGCCGCCGCCGUCUCCUCCUCCCCUGUCUCCGCUGCCGACGCGGGGCUGGCAUCCUCCUCCCGGCCCGAGGACUUCUUCCUCCGCAUUUGGAACUCCGACGUCGGGGCCGCCUUCCGGCAGCGUCGCCCGCCGGAGGAGGCGGAGAGCAAGAGCUGCGUGACGUUCGGGCCGCCGCCAGCCGCGGCGGGGAUGGACGUCGACUCGUCGGGCUCGAACGACGUGGCGACCGAGGAGCUCUCCGACGAGGCGUACCAGCUCUACCUCGACUUCGCCGGCGACGACUUGGGAAUUCUCCACGGCCAGCUCUCCACCCUCUUCGCCGCCGACCUCAACGAUUCCUGCUUCGACUCCGCCUUCAAAUGACUAGUAGAUUCUCCAUAAACGACAUCAAAAUCCCCCCCAAAACAAAAGAAAUAUCAGUCUCUUCCCGUUUUAGUGGGACAUUUGGCGUUCCUCGACCGAUCGCGAUCUCAGAUUUUGUGAUGCUCGAAAAAGAUGACACUUUUGGCAUCAAAAACGGAGAUUGGAGGCUGCUUUCUUCCAAUCGAUCCUGAUUUUGUUCACCUCUUGAAAUGCACUUGUCAAUAUUUGAAGUAAUAUCUUUCCACUGAAUUCAUACAUCAUUCACAGCCAUUAGUCACUCCCAAUAAAUCCAAAAACAAACGAAAAAAACCCCCAAAAUUCAU